UGUAUAAUGGAGUGGAAAGCAUUAUAAACUUCCUAUUUUUAACUUGCAGUCUCUCAGAUUAAUCACCGUCAGGAGAAGAUAUCGCUGAUAUAUUUAGCUAAUACUCAGAAAAAUAAAGUUCGAUCUCGCGAACCUUCCGUGCACGUAACGAUUUUUCGGACAAUCGGACCGAUGAUUUCGAGUCGUCUCGCUUUUUGGACGUAUAUUUACGCCGACAUUCGAAAUAUUAAGCUAACGAGCCUAUAAGUAAUGGAUCGAUUGACUGACUCGCGGUAUUUGUCCGACGUUCGGAGGAAAUCCUUAUCUAACAUUUUCAAACUCGCCGGACGUGAGAGAAAUUAAUUUUAUACUAUGUGAUAAAAAUAUUGAGUUGCCACAGGUAUAUGGUUUGCCACCAAUGGAACUCGAUCCCGCCACUACAACCCGACGAAGAAGUGUAGUAGGAGAAAGUGAGGGAGCCUGAGACCCUGAGAAUCCGUAAUCUCUGUCGCACACAAACCUUCGCGGGUUGCAUCGUGCGGGACAAAGACGAAGUCAACGAGCUCAGAAAUGACCGUACGGCCGUGUAAAAGGAUAAAGUCGGAGUCAUUGGAGGAUUUGCGUUCAGUCCGUGCUAUCGAUUGGGACGAUAUGGACCGAUAGAAGAAAAUCCCUCUCCGCACGUAACGUCGAGCCGCUUUAGUAUGCUAUUUUUUCCGAACGCAAAUAGAGAGUCCAAAUUUGCGAGGAUUGAGAGACCAGUGGUGUGAAUUGCGGUCGUUAUCUGUUCAUUCGGAUUCAUUAUCUAACCGAUUCUUUGCCGUUGCAUUUUUUCUGACGUGCGGCAAUUUGCUGGAAUUUCGGAUACUGAGCCAACGAUUUUCAUAGUUCUUUCGAAAAUGGCCACAGAACCGCCGUCGAUAGCUGAUUGGUUCGCCAAGAAGAACGUUCUCGUCACCGGAGGCACCGGAUUCAUGGGGAAGGUUCUAAUUUCGAAAUUACUGCUGAGCUGUCCCGACUUGGACAAUAUAUUUGUGAUAAUAAGGAAGAAGAAGGGCGUUGAUUCGCAAACAAGGUUACACCUCAUGCUGCAGCAAGAGCCAUUCAGGAACCUCAGGGAAGAGUAUCCGGAGCGGCUGAAGAAACUCACGGCCAUCGUCGGCGAGACGACUGUACAGGGGCUCUCUCUGUCCGACGCGGACAAGGAACUCCUUUUGAGUCGGGUCUCCGUCAUUUUUCACAUGGCCGCUGACAUCAGGUUCGAUCAGUCACUGAAAGCCGCCGUCAAGACGAACGUCGCGGGCGUUGUGAACAUCGUGGCGUUUGCAAAACAGAUGCCUCUUCUCGAGUCGUUUAUACACGUUUCGACAUCUUUCUGCCAAUGCGGCGAAUCGGUGCUGGAGGAGCGCGCUUAUCGAACUUCUGUCGCACCGGAGAGCAUCAUUGCAAUGGUCAAUACAAUGACGAACGAGGUGCUAGAGAUAAUGACGCCGAAAUUGCUGGGCAGUCAACCGAACACGUACGCCUACAGCAAGGCGCUCUGCGAGGACGUGGUGUCGGGAUGUGGACUACCAGCAGGAAUCAUACGGCCAUCGAUAGUGGUGGCGUCAUUGAAGGAACCAGUGCCCGGCUGGGUGGAUAAUUUACACGGACCAACCGGACUGAUAAUCGGCGCGGGUAAGGGAGUCAUACGAUCUAUGCUCUGCAAUGCGAACUUGAUGGCCGAUCUCUUGCCCUGCGAUAUAGCCAUCAAUGCGACAAUCGCACUAGCAUGGCAGGUCGGCUUGAAGAAGCCCGUCGAGCCGUUGUUUCUCAAUGUCACGAUAAACCAAGAGAAUUCGAUCUCCUGGAGCGACGCUCUGGAAACCGGCAGGAAGCACACACUCGCUAAUCCGUUCUCGCAGCCGCUCUGGUAUCCUGGUGGAAAUUUCACUUCCUCGAGAAUCCGCCAUUGGUUCUCCGUCUUGCUGUUGCAUCUUAUACCCGCUUACUUGCUGGACACUAUAUUUAUCAUCACCGGCAAUAAGCCCUUCCUCGUACGGGUGCAAGCCAGAGUGAAGUCCGGCUUGAACUUGCUUCAAUAUUACACCACGAAGCAAUGGAUAUUCCGCAAUGACAAUCUGCGUGAUCUGCAAGGCCGACUAUGUCCUGCGGAUAAAGAAACGUUCUACAUGGACACGAACAUCAUCCAUUGGGAUGAGUAUAUCUUGACAUACAUCUUAGGUACAAGGCAAUACUGUCUGAAGGACGAUCCCUCGACGCUGCCACGUGCGAGACAGGUUCUCAUGUACCUAUACUUCGCCGACUGUUUGCUCAAAAUAUUACUCGGGUGUUUCAUUAUUUGGUUAAUGUAUACCUGGAUGAACUCCGCUAAGUCCAUCAUGGCGAUGCUAGUCGAGUGAAUGAGUACGAAGAAUAUAAAGCCUUACACAUAAAGCCUUGCUAAUUGUAACGUCCAAAGGUAAAGGAGAAGAGCAGCGAAAGGGGAAUACGAAUUGCGCGCUGUAAAACAUGUUUUUACCGAGCCUGAACCUUUCUGACUUUCCCGAACUCGCUUUCGGCGACCUUGUGCUAAUUCCGCGCGUAUUUAAACAGCGGAAUAACAGCGGUCGCGCAUAUUGACGCAACUUGUCAACGAAAAGAAAUGUGCCAAUAUUCCAGUACUUGACAUACACUGUAUUGUACUAUAGUAUACUAUUUCUACAUAUCCUAGAGUUAUAUAUACGCUGCACUAAUAUCGUGAUAACGAUGUAAGAUCUGUAAAGUGCCUGAUCUGUAAAGUGUAUGAUGUUCCACUUGAUAUUUACUCAUUUCCUUUAGAACUUGUGCUUCAAACGAACAAUAUCGAUGCGUUACGUCAAGCUUCGUUCGCUCGACGAUGUAGCGAAUAUAAUAAGAUUUAAUGAGUCUCAUGGUUUAGCAAGGUUCAGCGAGGUACUUUCUCCGAGUCGAGACAAAUUUUAUGGAGGAAAACACGCUCCGUUAGAGCGAACAGCGAUUUUUUUCAGUCACCAUCUAAGUGUGAAGUUGCUCGAAUUGAGGAACAACUUCACAACGCUUCAAUAUAAUGCACACUUUAUAUGUUUUAAUUGUAAGAUUUUUGUUUAAGGUUUUUUAUUUUGCUACGUCAUUCGUGUAAUAAUGGUAUGGGAGAACGUUGCGUACAUUUUGUUAAAUCAAGUGAAAAUCAAGUAAAAAAUCGUACGCUCUGUAGGCUAAGUACAUUUCAGAAAGAAAGAAAAACGGAAUAAAAGUUCUAAAUUGAUUUUAAAUUGGAUUUAGUUGAGAUAACCUCCUUCCUAUUUUCUCGUCUCUUUUCUUCGUGUUUCCCCGAGCUGUCUUUGACUUCCUGCGAAGCGACGUGAAAGCGCUAAAAGAACACAACCGUCUGCAAUGAAGUGAGAGACAAAAUCCGUAUUCUAAACUCUCUUUCUCUUAUCGAUAAACGGCGGUUACGAUUUAAACGGCACGACAAGUGGGAUUUUAUUCCGAGCGCUUGUUUUAUCGAAAUUUCCUCAGGUAAAUCAGUAAACGCAAAUGUGAGACCUGUUCUGCAUGUGUUUAAUGCUUCUUGGGUCACUUCUUUGGAUAUUUCGGACACCCGUUAAUUCCCGUUAAUCGUGCUAGCUGGAUUAAAAUAGACGACUUAAGGUAGAAGCUCAACAUGCCGCCAUUAUGUAUAAAUAUGGCACUAAAUAUGCUCUCAGGCGCAUUUAGUGGCUCUAUCAGCAGAGCGACAAUAUAACAAAUAUGCUAUAAAUAAAGUU